AUGGGUUUCGGAUUGCAGAUUCCUUAUCCCGGUGUCUCAGCUCAUGAUGGGUUUUGCUGCCAAACCUUGACCCAUCUGUCUCCUCCAGCGUCCCACGUGGCCGACUCGAGUCCGGUCACUCUGCUCUCCUCGCAAACGACACUACAGAACAGAGCAGAAAAUUCAUUCGUCUUCGUCCCGACUCGACUCUAGAUCGAAGUUGAUAGAAGCUUGCUGGUUUCCCGUUCGUUGUGGGUGCUCCAAGAAAGCAGAGAGAGAGCUUGGAGCAUCCCUUGUCGGAUACGAUGGGAGACGGUGCAAGAAAAGGGUCGUCGAGUCCGCUGCUCGAAUCGUCUUCUGCGUCGGCCGCUGGAUCUGCUUCGUCGAUUCAGACGCUGGGCAACAUCAUCGUCUCCAUCGUCGGGACGGGGGUUCUGGGAUUGCCCUUCGCUUUCAAGGUUGCCGGUUGGCUCGCGGGUGCGGUUGGAGUGAUUGUCGCCGGCGUUUCUACUUACUAUUGCAUGCUCAUUCUUGUUCAAUGCAGAGACAAAUUGGCAUCUCAAGAAGAGUCGGCUGAUGUAAAAACUUACGGGGACUUGGGUAGUAAGUGCAUGGGACAAGCAGGUCGCUACCUCACUGAGUUUCUCAUAACGAUUUCUCAGUGUGGAGGAGCUGUGGCGUACCUUAUAUUCAUUGGACAGAAUCUUUCUUCCAUAUUUAAAGGCCAUGGACUCACCUUUGCGUCUUUCAUAUUUCUGUUGGUGCCACUUGAGAUUGCUCUCUCAUGGAUAAACACUCUAUCAGCAUUGGCCCCCUUUAGCAUCUUUGCCGACGUAUGCAAUGUCAUAGCAAUGGGGUUUGUGGUCAAAGAAGAUGUACAUCAAGCUUUAGGUGGUCAAUUUUCGUUUAGUGAUAGGAAAGCUAUCUCCCCUAAUAUUCGGGGUCUGCCGUUUGCGGGAGGAAUGGCUGUGUUCUGUUUUGAGGGGUUUGGAAUGACAUUGGCAUUGGAGGCAUCAAUGAAGGAGAGGAGGACAUUCCGAAAGGUGCUGGCUCAGGCUUUUACAGGCAUAAUACUUGUUUAUGUUAUGUUCGGGUUCUGUGGUUACAUGGCUUAUGGUGAUCAGACGGAAGAGAUUGUCACGCUUAAUCUUCCCCGAGCUUGGACAACAGUUGCUGUUCAGAUUGGAUUGUGCUUGGGUCUGUCAUUCACAUUCCCUAUCAUGUUACAUCCGAUUAACGAGAUUCUUGAAGAUAAGUUGAAAAGGACAGGCUGUUUUCAUAAACUGCUCGGCGAUGAGCUCAGUUACUUGAAAAGAAAGAUUGGGCAGUGUGUGGUUUAUGCGCUCCGUUCUGCUGUGGUGUUAGGAUUGGCUGCUUUGGCCUCUUGUGUGCCAGGAUUCGGAGUCUUUGCCUCCCUUGUGGGGAGCACCGUUUGUGCACUUCUCUCGUUUGUUUUGCCGGCCUCGUUUCAUUUGUUACUGUUGGGUCCUUCCCUGAGACUCUGGCAAAAGGCUCUGGACGUUUUCAUUUUGAUGUGCGGGUUACUCUUUGCUGUAUAUGGUACUUAUAACGCUGUUGCUGGAGUAUGAGGACACGUUGAUGGAAAGUGGUCUAAUUGAGAAUAAGAUUCAGAAUCUAAUGGAAUGACUUGUUACAUUAGAAGAUGGACAUUUAACUUCUGAGCAGAAAGAACAUACCUCUCCAACCAAUUUCGACCGAUACCAAAGCCUUGGAGCAGGAUGUUUU